AUGCGGGCCGGUGUCCCUAUGCGGCCUUCGUGUCCCCCGCCACCUCCUCUCUCCCUCUCUCCCCGAACCAGCCCGCACCCAAGGGCUGGGUCGCCCCCUGGACCCAAAGCCCCACCUGCCCUUGCUGGCUAUCCCGCUGCUGCCCCUGCUGUCCCCUCUCCUCUACCCCACUCGCCGGCCUCUCCUGCCCCUGCAGAACCUCCUGUUGCUGGCUGUGCUCCUGCCCCCACUAACCCUCCUGCUGUCGCCCCUGUUGACCCUCCUGCUGCUGCCCCUGCUGACCCUCUUGCUGCUGCUCUUGCUGUCCUCUCUCCUCUCCCUUACUGGCCUGCCCCUCCUGCCCCUGCUGGCCCUCCUGCUGUCGUCGCUGCUGUUGCUGUCUCAUCUCCUCCUCCCGGCCAGCCUGCCCCUGCUGACCCUCACGCCGAUGCCCUGGCUGAUCCUCCUGUUGCUGCCCAUGCUGACCCUCCUGCUGCCGCCCCUGUUGACCCUGCUGACCUUCCUGGUGCUGCCGCUGUUGCCCUCUCUCCUCUCCCCUACAAACCUGCUGCUGCUGCCCCUGCUGGCCCUGCUGCUGCUGCGGCCGCUGCCGCUGCUGCUGCUGCUGCUGCUGCUGCUGCUGCUGCUGCUGCUGCUGCUGCUGCUGCUGCUGCUGCUGCUGCUGCUGCUGCUGCUGCUGCUGCUGCUGCUGCUGUUGCUGCUGCUGCUGUCCCCUCUCCUCUCCCCCACUAG